GAUCAGAAAUGGGAAAAUAAAAAGCGGAGGAACUCCGCGAGUAGGCGUCAUUCAUUAGAGGAACAUUCUUUUUUUUGGUGAGAGACAUGAAGCAGCUCCUCGCGAUUCUCUGCUUGGCUGUGUCCGCCUACGGCCAGAGCGACUUGGGGGGCACCGAUGCCCCCGACGGCGCCUAUCCUUACCAGGCGGCCCUCAGGCGAAAGUCCAAGUUCGUGUGCGGCGCCUCCAUAAUUAACGAGCACUGGCUCCUUACUGCUGCCCACUGCGUCAAUAUGAUGAAGGAUCCGAAAGAGGCGACGGUGCUGGUCGGUACGAACUUCGUGACAGGCGAAGGUGGACACGAAUACAAAGUCGCCUAUCUGAUACAGCACGAGGAUUAUGACAGGGACUACAUACACGUGAACGACAUCGCCCUCAUUCGACUAGUCGAAAACAUCAAAUUCACGCAGAAGGUCCAGCCGGUGAAGCUUCCGAAGGACGAGUCGAAAAGCUACGAAGGGGCGACGGCGAUUUUGGCUGGCUGGGGCAGCUACGGGCCGAACAACUACACGCCGCGGAAGCUGCAGCACAUUAGGCUCCAGGUGAUCUCGCGGAAUAAGUGCGCUAACGAGUGGAAGACUUCGAGGAACCGCACCAUCAUACCUGCUCAGCUCUGCACCUCUUCGGCUUCGGACGAGAAUAUGGCGACUCACGGAGACUCCGGCGGCCCACUGGUCAGCGACGGCGUUCAAAUCGGCGUCGUCUCCUUCGCCUGGGAGGGUCUGCCCGACGUCUACGGCCGAGUGUCCAGCUACCUCUCCUGGAUGAACCGCUACAUAAACUACUAGUUUAUGUCUAGUCUAUACUCAAGAGUCAAGCACAUGUGAUAUAUCCCGCUUUGUAGUAUUCGCAGCCAAUUAAAGCAUAUACUCGAAAAAAACA